AUGCCUUCGUGUGGCGCAUCACUUAUGGGCGGGCUGAAGAGGCUGGGCAAGCCCAUCUUCUCACAGACGCGCGAGAUCGCGCUGCGCAAGGAGAGGGGGCUUCACCCAGUCUCUGAGCUCGGACGCUUCCACCUCCUCGUCUGCUGCUUCUUCUGCAGCGUGUGCGUAUCGCUGACGUACGCUUUCGACCUGUUCACCACGCAGUUCCGCAACCAGUUCAAUCUGACCUCAAGCGACCUGACGAUCAUCAGCACCAUCGGUCUCGUCUUCGGCUACUUUACGAUCCCCUACACUUUUAUCUUCGAGUCGUGCGGACCCUUUUCGCUGUUCUGGUUAUGCGCCAUUGUGGGCACUAUCGGCGGUAUCGGCCUUACGGGCAUCUUCCGCGGCUCGAUUCCUGGCAACACUGUCACCAUCACCGUAUUCUACUCUUUCCUGAACGCGGCGAGCGGGCUGAUCGAUACGUCCUAUGUGUCGACGCUCGUCGAGGUGUUUCCGCGCAACCGCGGCCCCGUUGUGUGCCUCGCAAAGGUGAUGACAGGUCUGGGCAGCUCUGUGCUGGCCACGAUGAGCGACACGUUCUUCGAGAACAACGUCAGCGCUUUCAUCUACUUCCUUACGGCGCUCGUCAUUGUGGUAUGCAUCUGGGCCAGCUUCGUCAUUGUGUUGCCACCGUACAUCGUGAACUGGUGGCGCCGGCAGGGAAAGACGCAGGAGCAGAUUGCCGCUUUGAAGGCCAUGGUCACUUACUACGAGCGUAAGUUCGUGCCGGUGCCUCGCCUAAUCAUGGGCUAUGUCAUCAUCUUGUCGCUGCUCGUUUUCUUCACGGUUGAGGCGCCAGUCAUAGCGUACGUUUCAAGCGUCACCCGGAGCAGCAGGCUUGUGGUUGGCACCAUGACGGUAGUGCUGACGCUUUGCAUCUUUUUCAUGCUGCUGCCUUUCAACAUCCUCGGCGGCGUAAACGAACGGGAUCCGGAACUGGAGAGGUCGGAGGACUACGAGGAGGGCCCACGCUCCAAGGAGGUCGAUGCGGAGGGUGGCCUGGUGCAACUUGACAAGUUUGGUCAGGAGGUCCGGGUGAGCAGCGAAGGUAACGCAAAAACCUUGGACUCCCUUCCCCACGCUACGGACGGCAUAGAUGCGAGCAGCCCGAGCGAGGAAAACGUUGACAAGUACGCGCACCAGGACCCCCGUUACCCGGGCACGAUCAAGGACUACCUCUUCAGCAUCGAUGUGUGGCUCAUCAUGCUGCUCUUCAUCUGCUACGGUUGCAUGGGCACCAUCGUCAUGUACAAUGCGUCCACCAUCUCCAUCGCCCUCUCUGGUCACAAGCGCACUACCCAGCAGUCCGCCCUGUACACGGCCUUCCUUGGUGUGGGUAGUAGUGUCGGUCGUAUCGCCUUUGGUCUGUUUGAGGCGUACGUGCAGCACCAGAGUCCCGAGAACCGCAAGGUGCUUGUGACCAUGGCGCUGCCCUUCUCUCCAGUGAUGGCCUUCCUCGCUGGCCUCUUCCUGCUUCUCCUGCCGGGCAACACCGUGCUGCUCCCCUUCAUCUUUGUCUACGUGGAGGAGGGUGUGUUUGCCGGCAUCAACGCCCUCAUCUUCCCCUGCCUGUUCGAGAGCAACCACAACUUCCUCUACAACCUCAGCUUCCUUGUGCAGAUGUGCUCCAUCAUCUCCUUCAACCUCGGCAUGUUCGGCCGGCUCAUCGACGCAGCGCAGAGGAAGCUCAACAUCCCGAUGGACCAGGAGUGCAACGUCAAGUUGUGCGUGCAGACGCCGAUUAUUGUAGCAACGGUGCUCGCGUUCUGCGGCAUUGGUGUCGCCCUGGCGAUCCACUUUCGCUACGCUGCCUUCGUGAAGCGCACGCGAGGUCGCUUGCAACGUCGCAGCGCCAGCGGGCCAGUGUCAUUAGCAGAGGCUUCUCCAGUAGAGUAA